AUGAGCCGGCCGGAGCAUCAGGCGCCGCCGGAGAUCUACUAUGGCGACACCGAGGCGCGGAAAUACACGGCAAACACACGCAACCAAGAUAUCCAGGCCGAAAUGGCGCUGCGUGCGAUCGAGCUCAUGGCGCUGCCGCCGCAUCGGCACCCUGCCCUGAUUCUCGACAUUGGGUGCGGCUCGGGCCUCUCUGGCGAGAUUUUGACCGAGAUGGGCCACGAGUGGAUUGGAUACGACAUCAGUCCCAGCAUGCUGAGCGUGGGCCUUGAGCGCGACGUCGAGGGCGAUAUGAUUCUGUCGGACGCAGGGCACGGCUGCAUGUUUCGUGCCGGCAGUUUCGACGGCGCGAUCUCCAUUUCGGUGCUACAGUGGCUGUGCAAUGCAGACACGUCGUACAACUCGCCCGGCGCGCGUCUGAGCACAUUCUUCACGACACUGUAUGCGUCGCUGACGCGCGGCGCGCGCUGCGUCUUUCAGUUCUACCCCGAGAACGACGACCAAGUCCAGUUUAUCAUGUCGCAGGCGACCAAGGCCGGCUUUGGCGGCGGUCUCGUCGUCGACUAUCCCAACUCGGUAAAGGCCAAGAAGAUCUACCUUGUGCUCUGGGUCGGCGGUGAAAUGAUGGUCGGCCCCAACGGCGAGGGCCAAGGCGUGAAGCAGGAGCUGCCCAAAGCGCUCGAGUUUGACGCGCCGGGCGCCGGCCAAGUGCGCCACGAGACGCGCAAGGCGGGCGACCCGCGGCGCGAGCGCACUAUGAAAAAGAAGGGCGAGUCUAUGAAGCAAUAUAUCCAGCGCAAGAAGGAUCUCGACCGCUCACGCGGCAAGGCCGUACCCCACGACUCCAAGUACAGCGGCAAGAAACUGCCGGCGCGGUCGGACCAGACGGAUGCGUUUCAUGCGCUGCUGCGCGAGUGCCAGAGCAAAGGCAUUGAGUCGGAGCCCGCACCGAAACCGAGUGCGGCUGUGGCCAAGCAGCGUGCGGCGGCCGAGUCGUGGACCAAAGAGGCCUAUCGCGUAAAACGGCACAUUGCGUCGCUGUACACGUUCCUCGCGACGAUCAGGCGGCCGUACCUGGACAUUUCGUCGAAAGGGCGGCGCGCAGGUCGCCCGGAUAGCGACGCGGGUCCGUCCGGCGACGAAAGCAAAAAGGAAGACGCGUUUGCCAAGUGGCAGCACAUUACCACGCUCACCGACGCGGAGCGUGACGAAAUCGACUUUCAGGUGAAGCUGGUGAUUAAGCAGUGCCUUGACCGCGUGCAGGAGCUCGAGCGGGGCGAGAAGCUCCGAAAGCAGGCGGUAGACAAGUCGCUGCAGUCGGCGGGCGGCACGGCCUUUGCGCCGCUCAUGCUGCUCAAAGGCGGCGCGAUCGCGCGGCAGCAGGCUGCGUCUGACGCCGUCGCCGCGCACCAUGCGGCGGUGACACAGUACCUGUCCGAGCAGCUUGCGCGUGCCUCGUCGAUCCAGGCGACGCUCCAAGCGCGGCGCGUCGACGCGCAGCAGCAGCGGCACCAAAAGCUGUCGGACGGCGUGAAGCACGCGCGGCACGGCAGCCAGCACGAUGCGCCGGACCUUGCGCUGCGCGGCAGCGUCGGGGCGCUCGACGGCCAGCCUGGCAAAGACGUGACGCAGGAGCUGUCCAAAGAGCAGGUGCAGGUCUUUGAAGAGGAGGCCUCGGCGCUGAUCCAGUCGCUGCAGAACGAUCUGCAGGCGAUCCAUGUCGCCGAGCAGCAAUUGCACGACAUUUCCGAGCUGCAGACGCGAAUUGUGCAGCAUCUGCAGGAGCAGAACGAGCAUACCAACCAGCUGCACACCGAGGCGGCGGGCCACGGCGAGCAGGUCACGUCCGGCAACCAGCAGCUGCGCAAGGCCAAAGAGCGCAACCGGCAGGCGAACCGGUUCCUGUCGCUGUUCUUUGUGGUGAGCGGUUUACUGCUGCUGUUGAUGCACUGGCUCGACUAG